AUGAGCCUCCGUCUGCCUCUCCUCCGGGGUAGGGGCAAAUUCGCCACCAUCAACAGCGCCUACGCUCUGACGAUGACCAGCCCCGACGCCGCCGCAAGAGGCAAAUUCUACGAGGACCUGCACGCCCUCUUGGUCACUGUGUCGAAGGCGGACAAGUUGAUUGUCCUUGGUGACUUCAACGCCCGCGUCGGCACAGACCAUACUGCCUGGAGAGGAGUGCUGGGUCUCCACGGUCUCCGCGGCUCCAACGACAACGGUCUGCUGCUCCUCCGCACCUGCGCAGAACACCGCCUCAUCCUGACGAACACCUUCUUCUGUCUACCGGAGCGAGAGAAGGCCACCCGGAGGCAUUCUCGGUCGCGUCAGUGGCACCUGCUGGACUACGUCCUCGUCCGGAGGCGAGAUCUGCAGGACGUGCUGGUGAUGAAGGCGAUCGCGGGUGCUGACGGGUGGACCGACCAUCGCGUCAUCAUCUCGAAGAUGCGUAUUCGCCUACAGCCUCGCAGGAGACCACAAGGUAAGCGACCCCCAGGUAAGCUGAAUGUUGCCUUGUUGUCUUUGCCCGCUCACCAUCUUCAUUUCAGCAAUGAGCUAGCUCAACGGCUAGACAACUUUCCUAUCGCUGCCGACGCCGCCGCUGCCGAGAACGCCUCCGUGGAGAACCGCUGGUACCAACUGCGCUCGCCGUCCUCGGUCGCGCUCCCCGCCAACACCGGGACUGGUUCGACGACAACGACGCUGCCAUCAGAAAUCUCCUUGCUAAGAAGAGCCGUCUACACAAAGCUUACGUAG